GCCGCCGCUUCCUCCUCCUCCUACUACAACCCCGCGGAUAGACACAAACACACACACGCGUGGACGGCGCUGGAGUUAUGGCCCUUUCUCCAUUACGGUGGGUUUUUAGGCGACUAGGCAGUCGCCACAUGGUCGAGGGGUGACGCCUGUAUGGUCGUGCGUAGUCUCCUCAGUCGCCGAAAGAGUCGUAGCGUUUUUCCGGUCGCCGCUGGAUUUUGAAAUGCCCAAACAUUUUGGGCGACAGUGGGCCUGACGCCAAUGAGCGUAGCUUGACUUCUCCUGACGAAGGUGCUGUCGUAGGUUGUCGCCAGGAUGACGUAGGUUAUCGCCGGUGCUGACCGGAAGUCAAGUAGCGACAGGCAUUGGAAAAACACGUCCACAGCUCCACGUGGUCAGGCGACUAUAGUGCGUGGACAUUCUGCAUUCUGUGUUGGGGACAUUGGACAGUGCAACAUGGCUCCAAGGAGAAGGAAGGGGCAGCCCAAGGGGAAGGCCCAAUCCCCAUCCCCACCCCCCAGGCAGGUGGAGACUGAGGAGACCCAGGAGGAGAAGGCACAGGAGGAGAGCAGGGAGGUGGCCAGUGUUCCCACCACCACCCGGAGUGGCCGCCCUGCCAAGACUGCAGGUACUGCUGCUGCUGACCCAGACUCACCAUCAGAUUAUGCUCAGGACACUGAUGCCUCAAGUGAGGUGAAGAAGGGCAGGAUACGCAAGGUACUUCCUUAUGAGUUCAGCAGGGAACAAGAAGGAGAGCUGGUCGAGUGGUAUCAGGCAAACCCUGAGUUGUAUGAUAAGAACUGCCAACAAUAUCGUAACAAGGACAGGAAGUACUCACUAGUUGACAACAAGGCGAAGGAGUUCCCUGACUGCACAUAUGCCCAACUCUGUCAGUGGUUCACAGGUCAGAGAACAAGAUAUGGCAAGCUGUCUCAGAGUGGGAACAAGUCAGGGUCUGGUGGCAAAAACUUUACCCCGAGGCAGCAAUGGAUCAUCGACAAAUGGGGCUUUAUCAAAUCACAUAUAGUACGAGCAGAGAUGAGACAGAGCACUAAGAAGUUUGACAAGAAGAAGCCAUUGCCCAGUAUGUCAAGUGAAGAGGAGUUUGAUUCACUUGACGGAACUUCUGGAUCCACACCCUCCACCAGUCAGCAGCACAGCAAGAAGAGCAGGACCACUGCCAACUCCACUGCAGGCUCCAUCCCUAAUGCAACUGAGUUAGAGGAGAGAGGGGCAAGUCAGAAGGAGCUGAUCAAGCAGCUCAUGCAACAGGCAACAGAGGCCAGGGAGGCCAGACAGGCCAUGACCCAGCCCCAGACACCACAUGAGAGAGCUGUUGACACCUUCCAGGCAUUCUUAAAGACUGAGCUGCUCAAAAUACCAGAAAACAUGUGGUUCAACUACACCAUGGCUGCCAUGAAGGUGGCCCAUAACUUCUCCCACCCGACUCUGCAGCUGUUGGGACACAUGGGAGAGCAACAGAUGGGACUGAUGGGAUCACCACAUCAGCAUGCUCACCAGUUUCCCGAAUCAGGCUGUGGGACUCCAACCCACCACCAGUAACCGGGAGAGGACUGCGAAGUCAGAGCUCACAGCAAGUAACCAACUGCAUAUUGGGCAAUCGCAUGUCAAAGGCCACGGACCUGAGGAGUUAAAUUUUGCUCACCCUAUCUCUCUUCUCAGAGAGUGUCUGAUCUGCGUAACAUUUCCUGAUUGCUUAGGUUUUCCAGCAGCCUUAUUUUGACCAGAGAAGAUUGGAUAUUGAGGAUAUAUUCCAGUGAAAGUAUGCUUACCCAACUGUUUGUUUCUCAAUUUAAAAACAAGAACUUAGUUUCACUAUCAAGUACUUUCCGAAUACAUUUAUGAACAAUUUCACAGAAAACCACACAACUACAAUUUACUAUCAAAUUAAAGAAGGGUCUCGAGGUCUCAACCCGAAACUUCACCAAUUCCUUCUCUCCAGAGAUGCUGCCUGUCCAAUUGAGUUACUCCAGCAUAAUCCUCCAGGGUCACCUGCCCUGGCUGCCCUGCCGGCAGAGUGUUAGUUUUUUCAUUAUUUUUGUUAUUUUGUAUUGUGUUAAAAGUUUGUUUUAAUGUUCUUCGGUUUAUUUUAUGUGGGGGGAGUGGGGAGGGGAUCGGGGGAAAUUUUUUUUCAAGUUCUUACCUUGCUGGAGAUGUGAUUAAUAUUCGGAUCACGCUCUCUGCGGCCCCUCCAUCGAUGGUGCUGGAAGCCUCCUCGGACUGAUUUUGAGCCCUAUCGCGGGGUGCUGAAUUAACAUUGGAGCUGAUCCCUUGCCUGGGAUCCCACCGCGGACUUUAUCAUCAAGAGCACGCAGUCGGGAGAGGCUAGUCGGGAAGCUCCAACGUCACGGAAGGGUCGACCAGCCCCGACGUGAGAUUCGAUCGCCCGGCGCGGGCGAGCUGACAUCCCCCCGAUGUGGGAGCUGACAUCCCCCCGAUGCGGGAGCCCAAACGCCGUCGGUUACGGGAGUCAAGAUCAUCCCGUCAACGGGGGCUCGAGGCCCACGACCGAGGAAGAACUAAGGGAAGGAGUUUAUUUAGCCUUCCAUCACAGUGAGGAAUGUGUAGGAGUCACUGUGCUGCAUGUUCAUGUAAAUGUGUUUUUGAGUGAUCUGUUGCUUUUAAUUGUAUGACUGACCUGGCCAAUGAAAUUCCUCGUAUGUUGCAAAACAUACUUGGCAAAUAAAGUGUGAUUCUGAUUUUGAGUCUAUCUACACAAAUUACCAUUUUGACUGUUCGGAUGAAUCGGUCAGCUCUGAUGAAAUGUCAUCACAUUUCCAGCAACUUCACAGUUUUGUAUGUGUAGGAAGGAAAUGCAGAUGCUGGUUUAAAUUGAAGAUAGACACUAAAUGCUGGAGUAACUCGGCGGGACAGGCAGCAUCUCUGGAGAGGAAUGGGAGACAUUUUGGGUCGAGACCCUUCUUCAGACCUUCUUCAGUCUGACGAGGGUCUCGACCCAAAACUUCACCCAUUCUUUCUCUCCAGAGAUGUGCCUGUCCCUCUGAGUUACUCCAGCAUUUAGUGUCUAUCCCAGUUUUGUAUUAACUCAUUCAUCCACCUUUAUCUCCCCCAGACUCGACAGCAGUAAUUUAAAAAAAAGAAAGUGAUGGAAAUACUCAAGUAAUUAGAUAGGUAGCGUUAAUCUUUCAGAUCAAUGACCCAUCGUCAUAAUUUCCUCUGAUUUGCACAGAAACGUUAACCGUUUAUUUUUCCAAAGGCGCAUCAGAUUAGAUAUUUUUGAACACUGUCUUUAUUGUAGGUUUUCAGCAUCCUCUUUUUUAGUUUGUCAACUGUGAUUCUCUGGUCUUCACAAUCCUCAGAGUCACAUUGACUACAUUUGUCACUGUGUUUCUUGUCUCCAUGCUGUAACAUCCAAUCCUUUUUUCUCCUACCCCCUCUGUUCUCUAUAACCUAACACAUGUUUUAUUUGCAACUUUUCCAGUAUGACGAAAGUUCAUUAACCUGAAAUUUUAGUUUAGAGAUACAGCACGGAAAUGGGCCCUUCGGCUCAACAUGUCCCCACCAACCAGUGAUCCCCGCACAUUAAUCCAAGGCAAAUACCUUGUAUGUGAAUACUUGGCAAAUAAACGUAUUCAUUCAUUCAUUAACACUAUCCUACGCAGACUAGGUACAAUUUUUCAAUAUACCAUCCAAUUAACCACCAAACCUGUACGUCUUUGGAGUGUGGUAGGAAACAGAAGAUCUCGGAGAAUACCCACGCAGGUCACGGGGAGAACGUACAAACUUUGCACAGACAAGCACCCAUCGUUGGGAUCGAACCGGGUCUCUGACUCUCAGGCAGUAGCUCUACCGCUAUGCAACCGUGCUUUCCCAUGUUAGUUCUGUCUCUUUUUCUGCAUCCGCUGCCUGACAUGCUGAACAUUUUCAGCAUCUUUAAAAAAAUUUUCAAAUGUUCAGCCUUUUGAUCAAUUCUAGAUUGAUCUUAUGUAACAUAUGUAUAAUCUGCAGAAUGAACAGUGAAAGGUGUUCCCACCUAACAUGAAAUGUUUUGAGUCAAAGUACCUGUAGUAGAGCGGACUUUCUUCUCUAACUGCAAAGCACAGCGUGUUAUAAACCCCCUCCCAUUCCCACACUGACCUUUCUGUCCUGGCCCUCCCCCACUGAUAUAGUGAGCAAAUUGGAGAAACAACACCUCAUAUUUUGCUUGGGCAGCUUACAACCCAUUGAUAUGAAUUAACAACUUCUCCUUCGACUCCUCCCACAGCCAGCCAAUUUCUGUCUACUAACACUCUCCUCUGCUUAGUAGAGCUGGUCCUCACCCUUAACAACUUUCAACUCCUCCCACAGUCUGACAAAAGGUCUCGACCCAAAACAUCACCCAUUCCUUCUCUCCGGAGAUGCUGCCUGUCCCACUGAGUUACUCCAGCAUUUUGUGUCUAUCUUCCGUAUGAAUAUUGAUUUCUCUAACUUCAAGUAACCCUUGCUUUCCCUCUCUCUCCGUCACUCCCCCACUCCAGUUCACCUGAGUUUCCUCACUGAGCUGAGUUUCCUCACGAGUUUCCUCGACCAGAAACUUCACCUAUCCAUGUUCUCCAUUGAUGCUGCCUGAUCUGCUGUGUUCCUCCAGCACUUUGCAUCCUUCGGUGUACUAAAAAAACAUCUGCAGUUCUUUGUUCUACUUUAUCAGUGUUUAUAUUUGUGUUUAUAUUUAUAAUUGUUUACUGACAUGCAGUGUCACUGGCACUAGUCUUACACUCUCUGUCUCUUCCCCUUUGCUCGUCCUAUUGUACUUGAGGUUGACUUGAUUGUAUUUAUGUAUUUUAUACCCAAUCUAUUUGGAUAGCACACAAAAGCUUUUCACUGUACCUCGGUACAACAGACAAUAAUAAACCUAAAUAAUAAACUAAUGAAGUUUCUGUUCUUUAUCAUUUCAGCCAUAAAAUAAAAUCAUAAUAAAAAGGCUACUCAAAUUAACCAAGUUAAUCAAUCCGAAACUAAAAAGGAAGAUAGACACUAAAAGCUGUAGUACCUCAGCGGGUCAGACAGCAUUUCUGGAAAAAUGGAAUAGGUGACUUUUCAGGUCGAGACCCUUCUUCAGACCCGAAAAUUUCAGACUCGACCCGAAACAUCACCUCUUCCUUUUCUCCAGAGAUGGUGUCUGACCCGCUGAAUUACUCAAGCUUUUUAGGGUGUCUAUCUUCGGUUCAAACCAGCAUCUGCAGUUCCUUCCUACAUAUAAAAAGGACUGUUUUUUAGUGAAGUUUUAACAGUUUUCAUUCCAAAUAGUAUAAGCAAGUGUCAAAGUCGAUUCAAAAUGUUAGGUCAACACGAUCAUUAAAAACUCGAAAAUUCAUAAUGACUUUUUGUGGAUAGUUUGACCAUGAGAACAUCUGUAAAUAUCAACACAAACCCGAUACAGAUCUGCAAUGACUGUAGACAAGCAAAAGGUAAGUCCAGGAUUGGGGAUCCUUGCACAUCCCCAAUCCUGGACGUUCCACUCGUCACUUUAAUGUCACGUUUCAUGUACUGUAUCUUGUUGUGUUUUAUGACUGUUGACAGACCAAUUGCCCUCUUGGGACAAAUAAAGUUCUAUCGUAUCGUAUCGUAGGAAAGU